AUGGCAGCUCCAGCCAAGGCAUCGUGGAUGGUGGCGAUGAGCGUGGGCACUGUGGAGGCGCUCAAGGACCAGGCCGGGCUCUGCCGCUGGAACUACACGCUCAGGUCCAUCCACCGGGCAGCCAAGGCCAACGUCCGCAGCGGCGUCUCGCAGGGUAACAAGCAGCUGCCUGCCUCAGUGUCCGCCGUGGCCGAGAGGCGCCCAGCGGAGAAGGCCGAGGAGGGGCUGAGGACUGUCAUGUACCUUAGCUGCUGGGGCCUAAAUUAG